CGGGCGUUGCCGUGCGGCGGGCGGCCUCGCGGUGCCUAGGCUAGGGCGCGCGGCCGGCCUGGGUCGCUCAGUCGCGCGGAGCCCGGCCCCGGAGCGCAGGCGGCGGCAGGAUGAACAGCAUCAAGAACGUGCCGGCGCGGGUGCUGAACCGCAGGCCUGGCCACAGCCUGGAGGCCGAGCGCGAGCAGUUCGACAAGACCCAGGCCAUCAGCAUCAGCAAAGCCAUCAAUGCCCAGGAGGCCCCCGUGAAGGAGAAGCACGCCCGGCGCAUCAUCCUGGGCACUCACCACGAGAAGGGGGCCUUCACCUUCUGGUCCUACGCCAUUGGGCUGCCGCUGCCUAGCAGCGCCAUCCUCAGCUGGAAGUUCUGCCACGUGCUCCACAAGGUCCUCCGGGAUGGACACCCCAACGUGCUACAUGACUGCCAGCGAUACCGGAGCAACAUCCGGGAGAUCGGAGACCUGUGGGGCCACUUGCACGACCGAUAUGGGCAGCUGGUGAAUAUCUACACCAAGCUCUUGCUGACCAAGAUCUCCUUUCAUCUCAAGCACCCGCAGUUCCCUGCAGGCCUGGAGGUGACAGACGAGGUGCUGGAGAAGGCGGCUGGGACCGAUGUCAACAACAUCUUCCAGCUCACCGUGGAGAUGUUCGAUUACAUGGAUUGUGAGCUGAAGCUCUCUGAAUCAGUUUUCCGGCAGCUCAACACAGCCAUCGCCGUGUCCCAGAUGUCCUCGGGUCAGUGCCGCCUGGCCCCCCUCAUCCAGGUCAUCCAGGACUGCAGCCACCUCUACCACUACGUGGUCAAGCUCAUGUUCAAGCUGCACUCCUGUCUCCCAGCGGACACCUUGCAAGGCCACAGGGACCGGUUCCACGAGCAGUUCCACAGCCUCAGGAACUUCUUCCGCAGAGCCUCGGACAUGCUCUACUUCAAGCGGCUCAUCCAGAUUCCCCGGCUGCCCGAGGGACCCCCCAACUUCCUGCGGGCCUCGGCGCUGGCCGAGCACAUCAAGCCGGUGGUGGUGAUCCCCGAGGAGGCCCCUGAGGACGAGGAACCUGAGAACCUCAUUGAGAUCAGCACGGGUCCCCCGGCGGGGGAGCCAGCGGUGGUGGCAGACCUCUUCGAGCAGACCUUUGGACCCCCCAAUGGCUCCAUGAAGGAUGACAGGGACCUCCAGAUCGAGGCCUUGAAGCGGGAGGUGGAGACGCUCCGCAGCGAGCUGGACAAGAUCAAGCUGGAGGCCCAGCGGUUCAUCGCGCAGCUGAAGGGUCAGGUGAACGCGUUGGAAGCCGAGCUGGAGGAGCAGCGGAAGCAGAAGCAGAAGGCGCUGGUGGACAACGAGCAGCUCCGCCACGAGCUGGCCCAGCUGCGCGCCGCCCAAGCGGAGGGCGAGCGGAACCAGGGGCUGCGCGAGGAGGCCGAGAAGAAGGCCAGCGCUACGGAGGCACGCUACAACAAGCUGAAGGAAAAGCACAGUGAGCUCAUCAACACGCACGCCGAGCUGCUCAGGAAGAACGCGGACACGGCCAAGCAGCUGACCGUGACGCAGCAGAGCCAGGAGGAGGUGGCACGGGUGAAGGAGCAGCUGGCUUUCCAGGUGGAGCAGGUGAAACGGGAGUCAGAAAUGAAGCUGGAGGAGCAGAGUGACCAGCUGGAGAAGCUCAAGAGGGAGCUGGAGGCCAAGGCAGGAGAGCUGGUGCGCGUGCAGGAGGCGCUGAGCCGCUCGGAGCAGAGCGGGUCGGAGCUGAGCUCCAGGCUGGACGUGCUGAGCGCAGAGAGGGACGAGCUGAGCGGUGUCAUGCGGCAGCGCGAGGCCGACCUGCUGGCGGCCCAGAGCCUGGCUCGGGAGAAGGAGGAGGCGCUGAGCCAGGAGCGGCAGCGUGGCUCCCGGGAGAGGGACGAGCUGCAGGGGCGGCUGGCCAACAAGGAGUCUCAGGAGCAGGGGCUGCAGCAGAGGCUGCUGGACGAGCAGUUCGCGAUGCUCCGGGCUACCGCCGCGGAGGCUGGACGCAUCCUGCAGGACGCGGUGGGCAAGCUGGACGACCCCCUGCACCUGCGCUGCACCAGCUCCCCGGACUACCUGGUGAGCAGGGCCCAGGCCGCCCUCGAUGCGGUGAGCGCCCUGGAGAAGGGCCACGCCCAGUACCUGGCCUCCAGGGCAGACGCCUCCGGCCUCGUGGUGGCCCUGACCCGGUUUUCGCACCUGGCUGCGGACACCAUCGUCCACGGCAGCGCCACCUCCCACCUGGCCCCCACCGACCCUGCUGACCGCCUGAUCGACACCUGCAGGGAGUGUGGGGCCCAGGCCCUGGAGCUCGUGGGGCAGCUGCAGGAACAGCAGGCCCUGCUGCAGGCCCAGCCUGGCCUGGUGCGGACCCCCCUGCAGGGCAUCCUCCAGCUGGGCCAGGAGCUGAAGCCAAAGAGCCUGGACGUGCGUCAGGAGGAGCUCGGGGCUAUGGUGGACAAGGAGAUGGCGGCCACGUCCGCGGCCAUCGAGGAUGCGGUGCGGAGGAUCGAGGACAUGAUGAACCAGGCCCGCCAUGCCAGCUCUGGGGUGAAGCUGGAGGUGAACGAGAGGAUCCUCAACUCCUGCACGGACUUGAUGAAGGUGAGUGGCCGGCUGAGACCCAGGCUGGGUGGGCUCUGUACCUGGCAGGGCCGCCCAAGGGUGACUUGUGUCUUGAUCUUGGCAGGCCAUCCGGCUCCUGGUGACAACGUCCACCAGCCUGCAGAAGGAGAUCGUGGAGAGUGGCAGGGGGGCAGCCACGCAGCAGGAAUUUUAUGCCAAGAACUCGAGGUGGACCGAAGGCCUGAUCUCUGCCUCCAAGGCGGUGGGCUGGGGAGCCACCCAACUGGUGGAGUCGGCGGACAAGGUGGUGCUGCACACGGGCAAGUACGAGGAGCUCAUUGUCUGCUCCCACGAGAUCGCGGCCAGCACGGCCCAGCUGGUGGCGGCCUCCAAGGUGAAGGCCGACAAGCACAGCCCCCACCUGAGUCGCCUGCAGGAGUGCUCGCGCACCGUCAACGAGAUGGCCGCCAACGUGGUGGCCUCCACCAAGUCGGGCCAGGAGCAGGUGGAGGACAGAGACACCAUGGACUUCUCCGGCCUCUCCCUCAUCAAGCUGAAGAAGCAGGAGAUGGAGACCCAGGUGCGGGCCCUGGAGCUGGAGAAGACGCUGGAGGUGGAGCGUGUGCGGCUCGGGGAGCUGAGGAGGCAGCACUACUUGCUGGCCGGAGCCAUGGGGGCGCCGGGCGAGGAGGAGCCCAGCCCGCCCAGUGCCACCCCCCGCAGCGCGACCAAGAAGCCGCCCUUGGCCCAGAAGCCCGCUGUGGCCCCGAGGCAGGACCACCAGCUCAACAAGAAGGAUGGCAGCUACGCAGCUCAAGUCGUGAACUAAGCCCCCUCCAAGGGGUCCGGCGGGGAGGCUGACGGGACACCUGGGCCUCGUGGCUGAGGCACCUCCGAGAGGCCUGGCCGCCCCCCAGGUGCCCAAGCCCCUGGCCCCCAGCCCUCGCUGAGGGCUGACCAUGCGCCCAGGACUGACCGAGGCUGUCCUCCUGGACGAGAGCCUGUUUAUCUGCAACACGGACCGCUGAGAGCAGCCAGGCCCUGAUGGCCUGAGCCACAGCUCCUCGGGAAAUACACGGAGCAUUUCGAAUAUUCUGAGCUAGACCUAUUGUGAGUUUGUGUUCAGCGUGCCGGAAGGCAGGGCCGCUCCCUGCCCUUUGGACCUGCGGUCUGAGGUUAGAGAUGAACCGCACACAGUCCGUGCUGGCUGUUGGGGACAGGUGAGAGGUCACUUGUUCGUAGCCCUCUUGAGGCAUGGGCUCCAGGGAGACGGGACUGCUAUGGCUUCAGGCAAAGCAGGAUGCCCUGGGGUACCGCCCCAGGGCGUUGGUGACAGGGCGCGCCCAGCACAGGCAGGUGACCUUUACGCAGGAGAGGCGGGCCCGCGCCCACCGGGCACAGGUGCUGCCAUCUUCCUGGGGUCUGCGGGCCUGCCUCCUUCCUGUUCAUGCGGCGGAUCUGCGGGCCCCUGCCCGGGAGACCUCUCCCCUUGCCCACCUCCUCCCUUCGCUGCCCCCACCCCUGGGCGGUUUCCAGCCUUCCUGGAGGCCUCCCCAGCUCAGCCAGAAAAAGCCCAGGAGCCGCCUGCCCACUCUGCGGAUCAAAAGUACCUCCUGCUCCACGGAACGGGGGCCGCCCCGGGGAGGGGGCCCGCCCCACAGAGAGGAGCAUGUAGAUGAAUGUGCUCCCCUCGAGCCCCCUCCUUCUGGGAAAGGGGGAGACCCCGGCUGGGAGGAAAAAACGGGUCUGAGCGGAGCACAAGGAGCCAGCGCAUGGUUACUUUGCGUGUGGUUACUUCCUCGUGUUGAAGGGUCCUACUGGCAAUAAAACGCACUGACUGUUUCA